CUGAGGUGUUGGGUUCGGGUGCUGGCAUCUGGGUUCUCCUGGUUUCCUGCGGCCGGUGCCAGAUUGAGUUCAAAGCCUCCGGCACGCGCUUUGGCCUGAUUUGUGGAGGGGGGGCGGGGAGGGACCUGCAGCUUGCGGCCCCGCCCCCUUCUCCCGCUAGCCCGCGAGCGGAUCGGCCCGCCUCCGGCUUUGGCCGGCCCUGGGGCCGCGUUCCCUGUGCAACCCGGUAGCCGAGGCCUGAGCUUCUACUCGCAGGUGCCGGUGUCGAGGCCCCAGGGCACAGCCCGGUUCGGCCUCAUGGUGGGUUUUGGAGCCAACCGGCGGGCUGGCCGCCUGCCCUCUCUUGUGCUAGUGGUGCUGCUAGUGGUGAUCGUUGUCCUUGCCUUCAACUACUGGAGCAUCUCCUCCCGCCACGUCCUGCUUCAGGAGGAGGUGGCCGAGCUGCAGGGUCAGGUCCAGCGCACUGAGGUGGCCCGCGGGCGUCUAGAGAAGCGCAAUUCGGACCUCUUGCUCUUGGUGGACACGCACAAGAAACAGAUCGACCAGAAGGAGGCCGACUACGGCCGCCUCAGUAGCCGGCUGCAGGCCAGGGAGGGCCUGGGGAAGAGAUGUGAAGAUGACAAGGUUAAACUACAGAACAACAUAUCAUAUCAGAUGGCAGACAUACAUCAUUUAAAGGAACAACUUGCUGAACUUCGACAGGAGUUUCUUCGACAAGAAGACCAGCUUCAGGACUAUAGGAAGAAUAAUACUUACCUUGUGAAGAGGUUAGAGUAUGAAAGUUUUCAGUGUGGACAACAGAUCAAAGAAUUAAGAGCACAGCAUGAAGAAAAUAUUAAAAAGUUAGCAGACCAGUUUUUGCAGGAACAAAAGCAAGAGACCCACAAAGUUCAAUCAAAUGAUGGAAAAGAAUUGGGUAUAAACGAUCAUGUAGCAUCUAAAAAUAUUCCCAAAGUAGCUGAGAAUGCUGCAGAAAAGAAUGAAGAACCAUCCAGCAAUCACAUUCCACAUGGGAAAGAACAAAUCAAACGAAGUGGUGAUGCAGGGAUGCCUGGGAUAGAAGAGAAUGACCUAGCAAAAGCUGAUGAUCUUCCCACUGUUUUAAAAAAGCCCCCUGUUUUGGUUUCUCAGCAUGAAAGUCAUCAAGCAAUCUCCCAUAUUCCAACUGGACAACCUCUUUCCCCAAAUAUGGCUCCAGGUUCAUAUGUAAACCACAAUGGAAAUCCUGGCACUUCAAAACAGAACCCCUCCAACCCUCUUCAGCGUUUAAUUCCAGGCUCAAAUUUGGAGAGUGAACACAGAAUUCAAACAGAUAUAUUAAAGCAGGCCACUAAGGAUAGAGUCAGUGAUUUCCACAAAUUGAAGCAAAGCCGAUUCUUUGAUGAAAAUGAAUCCCCUGUUGAUCCGCAGCAUGGCUCUAAACUGGCGGAUUAUAAUGGGGAUGAUGGUAACGUAGGUGAGUAUGAGGCAGACAAGCAGGCUGAACUGGCUUACAAUGAGGAAGAAGAUGGUGAUGGUGGAGAGGAAGACGUCCAAGAUGAUGAAGAGAGAGAGCUUCAGAUGGAUCCUGCAGACUAUGGAAAGCAACGUUUCAAUGAUGUUCUUUAACUCCUAAAAAACAACAUCAGAAAACCUAAAGUGCUGUAAAAUGGAAUCAUUUCUACUUUGUCAUUUUUGACUUCUGUUGUAAAGAUCAGUUGUAUCAGUUGUAAAGAUACAUUGAGAUAGAUGUAAGGAAARACUUUAAUGAAGGAAUGUACCCAUGUACAUAUGUGAACUUUUUCAUAUUAUAUUAUCAAAGAAGACUUUUGGUUAUGAUACAGUUGAGCCAAAAAUAGAUAAUCUUUGCAUUUAAAGCAAACUAAUGUAUAUUUCACAUUUUUUGAGCCUAAUKUUUUUUCCACAAAUAGACAAAUGGGAGAAAAUGGUUAUGUAGAUGUUUUAUGAUGCACAUAGCAUAACCACAGUGAGAACAAUUAUUCAGCUGAGAAUUUUUUAUACACUAAUAUCUUCUUGUUAGCCCAACAGGUGUUCUGUUCUAUCUGCCCCUCAUUUCAUGCUUUUCAGGAGUUAUGCCUAGAAUAGUUAUGUAAAAGAGGGGAAAUUGGAUGCCAAACACUAGUUAACRUGUACAAAACUGCCUCUCUACUCAAGUGCUAAUGUGUUUUGGCAUAUUAACUUUCAACUGAGGCCUGAUGGAAUUUGAGAUAAACUUCAAAGACAUAACAGAAUAUAUGAGUUAUUGUUUACGUUAGUUCUUGAAAUUGUGGAAUGCAUGAUGGACGAUAUAUUUUCAAUUUUUUCUUUCUCAAGUAAUACCAGUACUAUUUAACUAUUGUCAGCACURGCUAAAAGAAAAAUUUUUUUUCAGAGUUCAGGUCAGUGAAGAUAAAUUAAAUGCCAGAUCCUGAAAGGAGCUAAAUCUACUUUGAAAUGAAUCUACAAUUGAUAUUUCAAAGCUUUUCUGGUAGUUUUAAUGAUCUUAUUUAACUAGACUUUUUCAGAACUACUAAAUAAGAAAUUUUAACAGGUUUUUAUUAAUGCACACAUAAAUAGAUAUACAGUGAGGUCUACAGCUGUUUUAUUAAAAUAGCUUAAAAGUUUAUAAUAAAAAUGAAUCUUUGUAAUUACUUAAUGUUAGUUAAGAACCCAUCAACCUCACAUUUGCUAGACUUACACAAAAUUGUUUUAAAUGCAUUUUUUUGACACUAUUUAGUCAAAUGUGUAAGCUAGCUAACCCUUAUUUUCUUAUUCAAAGCACUUUUUUAAAUAGUACC